UAAACUCUUAACAAUUGCAGCAGCAUCACUUCUCAUUGCGGAUAAGCUACAUCAACAUGAAGAUCAUAAUUUUCGCUAUCGUAGGAAUAAUUUUAUUUGAGAGAAUUGACGGAUUGAAAAAAAUUGAGAGAAAUAAACCAUCAGUAAAACCUUCUACUCAUGGAGCAAAUGACACAUGCUCUACUUCACAUUCGCCAUUACAAAAAUUGAUGGAUAUCGUGCAACGAAUAAUAAGUAAGACAGAUUGCAACACAUGCAACAUGAUGAAUGCUUUAACCGAAAUCUGUCCUGUCAUCUCGAAUUCUACGUGUUUCUUUGCGUGUGUCCUAAACGAGUUAAGUCAAAGUACAUAUAUAAAAUUCUACCCACAAAUUUCUGACUUAACGAAAAACAUAGCAAAUGGUUUAAAAGAGAUCGGAAUUGAGUUAAAGAAUUGCAGGAAUUUUCAGCAUAUCGUAAAAAUUAUAAUGUCCAACUUUAUCAAACUUUUCAUAAACGUAACUAAAAUUCCUGGGAGAAAUAAAAUUAAUAUUAAACAUUUUAUGGAAUAAAAUAUAAAAUGCUUCUCGUGUUUAUUGUAUUGUAUUAAUAAAAUACUUAUGAAA